CGCCGAUGUAAACAAUCAGAGACGCUUACAGCAUGGCGGCGGAAAAUGCGGUUCCCAAGCCAGCGCGACCGAAAAAAGAGCCGCAGCCCCUGAUCAUACCGAAAAAUGCCACGGACGAGCAGAGGCUGAAGUUGGAGCGGCUGAUGAGGAACCCUGAUAAACCUGCAACAAUCCCAGAGAGACUGAAAGAAUGGUCUCCAAGAUCUGCUCCAGAAUUUGUCAGAGAUGUUAUGGGUUCCAGUGCAGGGGCAGGAAGUGGCGAGUUUCAUGUGUAUCGGCACCUUCGUCGAAGGGAGUACCAGAGACAGGAAUUUAUGGAUUCUAUGUCUGAUAAGCAAAAGCUAGACGAAGAUUUUCAGAGAAAAUUAUUGCAGAACAAAAUCUUGCAAGAGGAGAAAAUGUCAAAGCGCAGAUUAAAACGGCAAAAGUUGAAAGAGAAGAAGAUGGCAAAAAAGGCAAAAAAAGAUGAAAAGGAUACUAACAAGGAUGCUGACAACUCUCCAGAGCCAAGUGAUGAUGACAAAUCGGAAGAGGAAGAUGAAAGUUAAAAGGCCACCGUUGCCUACUGACAGAGAUGAUCUGAAUUGGUGGGAUUUACAGAGAAACAGAUCUAGCUAUGAACCAUAAAACAGAGCUCUGUCAAUAGCAGUUAUUCCUUGGUCUCCACAGUGUCCUUCUCCGCUUUAAGACAAUAGAUUAAAUAAUUUGACUGACCAGGAGUUUGUACAUUUAAAAAAUAUAUAAUUUGUUCCCUCAAUACAAAUAUGAUUUAACCACUCUAUAGUUCAGAAAAAGUAGCUGGGAUGAUAAGAAAUGUCCUGAAGGUUCAACCGUGUGCUGCUUCAUUCAGGAAGCUUUUUAGAAAGUUUUUUGUUUUUUCUUCUUAUGUCAGAGGGGGAAUAAUGAGUUUGUAAAACAAAACAUGUUGGAUGACAACUCAAUAAAGUAACAGUUUAUUUUUAAUCUGUUUAA